AUGCCAGCGAAUUAUUCUGCCAGCCCUCUGUGCCCUAGCCUGCCCAGCACCAGGAAGGCGGUGGCGGUCGAGCGACCCCAUUUCCGCCAGGGGAGGGCGUCCCACAACCUCCGCGUCGACAUGCGGCACCCGUGCCGCUUGUGGCAGACGUGCGCACAGCUUUCCGACAUGUGUUCGAGGUGGCUUAUGUUGGUGUUUGUCGGACACUCAAAUUUGUUCGACGCCGGCCAAGAGUGGCAUAUCGACCGGACCGUGCCUCCUUCGAACACGAGCAUUCUUCGUGAGAACUGGAACUCGACGCUGUACGUCCAGAUUCGGUUGCCCCAUGGCCUGGGUCUUCCGUCCUGA